UUCUACACACAUGGGAGGAUUGUGCUCAAAAGCGAAAGAAAAGGCAGAGACAAAGACCAAAGGAAAAGAACCAAAUCACCCGGUGAACACGCCUCCAGAUCCGCAUCCCUCAACAUACGGCUCUAGACUAGACGCAGCAGAGGAAGGACAAAGCGAAGGAAAGAUGUCUACCAAGGAAUUCGUCGACAGCAAGAUCAAGAACGGCAAGGUCGUCGUGUGGUCGAAGUCAUACUGCCCCUACUGCAAGAAGGCGAAGGAUGCGCUUUUCUCUCUUCUGCCCAAAGAUGCCGUGGAUGUAGAAGAGUUGGACCAGCGCUCAGACGGCGACGAGAUCCAGGACUAUUUACAGCAGCUGACUGGGGGCCGCUCAGUGCCGCGUGUAUUCAUUGGGGGCAAGUUCAUUGGAGGCGGCGAUGACACAGUCAGGAUGAAGAAAUCUGGCGAGCUGCAGGCGAAGCUGGCCGACGUUGGAGCCAUGGCAGCCUGAGCAGUGAUGAAGCUCUGAGGGGAUGAAUAGAUGAAUAGCUGGAGGGGGCAGCAACAAAGGGGAGGUAGUUUUUGGAGCCUGGCUGCAUGCUGUUUGGGUUCUAAGCUGGCAACAUGCUGCUGAAGUUUUGUGCCGAUGUAAAAAUGUAAGAAUUACUGGCC